GAGGUGAUCGAGGCCAUCGCCGAAAGCGCCUUCAAGACGUCGCCGUUCCCGGUGAUCCUGAGCUUCGAGAACCACGUGGAGUCGGCGCGGCAGCAGGCGAAGAUGGCCGAGUACUGCCGCAGCAUCUUCGGGGCCGCGCUGCUGACGGAGCCCCUGGAGAAAUACCCGCUGGAGCCGGGAGUGCCCCUGCCCAGCCCCCAGGAGCUGCUGGGCCGGAUCCUCAUCAAGAACAAGAAACGGCGCCCGGGAGGGGCCCCGCCCCGCCCCAAAACCAGCGAGCGCGAGGCCGACAGUGAGGAGGAGGAGGAGGAGGAGCCCCUGGAGAUGAAGAAGCCGACGACCGACGAG